UUUAGUAAGAGAGGCAACAAGGCCUUGUCUCCUCGUCAACAUGUCCUCGCCUCUAGCUCAGUCUCCCUUCCACAAUAGACUUUGGUCUCAUCUCACAUUUUAUUGUCAUCACCGCGAGGUCUAAGAAGAACUAAAAGCUGUUUGGUUAGGAAGAGCUAGAGAAAGGGGAUGUGAGUUGAAGUGGAUGUGGUAUUAAAUCAUCUGUUUGACUGAUAAACGUGGGAAUGGGAGUUGAAAGAUCAAAUCCCACCAUUUUAAUUAAAGGGGAGAUGUGGAAAUCCGGAAGAAAUUAUUUUGUUAGAGAUGAUCCUAGCCGUUCACCACAACUUAUGUUAUCCUUACUAAGUUAAUUUUCCGUAAACUCCCACCAACUAAAAAUAGCUUUUUCUCGGUUUUUUUAAUCCUAAGGAGGACUGAGAUGAAAAAUCAAUUUUGCAUGUCCAAUCUUUUACAAGCUCUUUCCUCUAAAUUUUGCUCUAACAGUUGAAUCGAUGUCUUAGAAAUCGCUGGAACUUAGAAAUUUCCAGGUAAACUUACUAUAGUGUGUUCGUAAAGAAAGAGAGCCUCUGUUUCUAAGUUGACCCCAGAAUUCUUAUUUUCAAGUUGAUGAUCUUGAAUGUUAUUCUCUGUCCAACAAAAAUUGAGUAGUUGUAGAUUUUAAAAAUUCAUGGGCAACUUGGUUGAAUUAAAUCUAACUAUUUCUCGGACAACUUGAAAAAUAUCAAAUCCGUAAAAGAAAAAUCCAAAUCAUUUUGUAAAGAUAACAAAAACCAAAUCGUAUAGGCUUGAGCUUUUCGGGGCUGGAGGCAAACGCUCGAAGAGCCUCCAAUCCCAUGUUGCUCCCCCAGUCUCCAGCUGCUACCCAUCAGCAGCGACCCACCUCUUCCUUCUCCCGACGCACGUGCCGCUCGGCACAGCCAUGCCCGCGGCGCGCCGGCGCUGCUCCGGCGACCGCGGCGGCGGAGGCGCCCCUCCCGGGCGGGCUGCGAGCGGAGUCGUUGCCGCGGCACGUGGCGGUGGUGAUGGAUGGGAACUCCCGGUGGGCGCGCGCGCGGGGGAUGCCGUCGGCGUUCGGGCACGAGGCCGGGCGGCGCGCGCUGGAGGAGACGGUGCGGCUCUCCCGCGCCUGGGGCAUCCGCGCCCUCACGGCCUUCGCCUUCUCCCACGAGAACUGGAGCCGCCCCAAGGUGGAGGUUGACUUCCUGAUGGGGUUGUUCGAGCGGGUGAUCCACGACAGUGUCUCCGAGUUCUUGAGGGACGGAAUUCGUCUACGCGUAAUUGGUGACUGCUCAAGGCUGCCGGUUUCUCUGCAGAAGACUGCGAGGGCAGCCGAGGAGGCAACAAGGAACAACUCACAGCUCGACCUGACGCUAGCAAUCAGCUACAGCGGGCGACGGGACAUAGUUCAGGCUUGCCGAAACCUUGCCCAGAAGGUGCAGGGCGAGCUGCUCAGGCCGGAGGACAUCGACGAGUCGCUGCUCGCCAAAGAGCUCGAGACGAGCUGCGCGAGCGAGUUCCCUUACCCCGACCUGCUCAUCCGGACCAGCGGCGAGCUGAGGCUGAGCAACUUCUUGCUGUGGCAGUCAGCAUACUCGGAGCUCUUCUUCACGGACACGUUGUGGCCUGAUUUCGGGGAGGCCGACUAUCUCCAAGCACUGGGAUCUUUCCAGAGCAGAGACAGGCGGUUCGGCCGGAGAAAUUUGUAGCACACGGACACCUGAAGUAAGGUGUUUUUAGAAGCUUGAUGUAGCAGAUUAGCAAUUGUGAGCACGUACAUGAGAUGAAUCCCAACAUCUCCGUUACUGUAGUUGGGGCUUAAGUUCUUCAUCAAUGUGGAAGGUGAAUACUUUUUUUUUUGGAAAAAGAACUUCAUUAACUGAUGAAGGUAGUACAAUCCUUUGUUACA